AUGAAAACACAGAUCAAAUAUAUUAAUUCAAUUAGAAUAUACAUAUACAUAACAACAUUUAAACAUUUUGCAUUUAACUACGCAAAACAAUCACUUUCUACCCAUAUUCUAUAAAUUGUUCGGAAAAUGCUUCUUAACACUGCAAUCUCUGGUCCAUUUAUAAUUGUUAGCUGGGUUAUUUGCUACAGCAUUGCCAAUAUCGUUUAAUGUUUUCAAUUGUCAGCCACAAAGAAAAGUGGAAUAGUACAUACAGCAGUGAAAGGGGACACAAUGGCCGAAUUACCGGAAAAUUUGCAAAUUGUUAAGACAGAAGGACCACAAAUACCGGAAACGGAAGCACAGCCGCGUCGCUUUAUUAAGGAGCGUCUAAAUUUGCACGUGAAACGACGUCUUCAACAAGAGCAGGAACUCCACAUAGAACCGCAACAAACAAAAAUAAUUACUCACCCUUCUGGGAAUACAGCACGAGAAACAGUGACAACUGCAGCACCAGCGCCAGCACCGCAAUCAGCAAACGUGAACGUGAAUUCGACAGUAAACGACGUCACAGCGCCGACAUCAACAUCGAAAAGGAAAGAGAAACAACAACAGAAAGAACCAGCCAAAACACGAAGACCCUAUCAAAAGCGAACGGACAAAAACACCACCAAAAUACAAACACAAUCGCUGACACAAAUGCAAAUAAGUGCUGAAGAUGGCGGAAAAACUCGCAGAAACAAACGUCACAAAGCACAGGGAACAUUGGUGGGUAACGUAGUGCAAACGUCGGCUGGUAGUGCAGCGCAUAGUGGAAGCGCCGGUGCUUUAUGCUUAUCCCCCGGCGUGGAGGAUGGUAGUGGUGGCGGUGGUGAUGAAAUGGACGGUCGAGAUGUGUACUCCCGUGAUAAAGAGAAAUGCCCAGAUAUCUUAGGUAUGGUUUUGAGUGGCAAAAAACGUGCUCUAUUGCAGAAUUCUGAAGUAAAGCAAUUUUUAGCCAAUAUUAUGACCGCUUUUAAGAAUUGAUAUAAUUUUUCUGCUUAUAUAUAUAUUUUUGUUAUAAAAUAAAUAGUACUCGCGAUCCAACUGCUGGAUAAUAGUCAACAAAGUAGGAGACUAAAACGAUAUUAUUCGUUAGAUCUCCCCUUUCGAUUGAAAUGAUUUCACCUUCAUUUUUAUAAAAUAUUUUGCAUUGCAUUGUGCUUCAACAUUAUUGUUUUUGUCAGCAAAUUUAGUUAUUGUCAUUUUAUUAAUAAGACAGAUUCUAAAAAAAACUGAAUAUAAUAUAAAAAAAAAAUAGAUAAAUACGUAUAUUUUUGAAUAUUUAUUGAGUGGAAUGACAUAUUCAUAAAAAUAGUUUUUGGUAAAUAUAAUCGUCAAUUUAAAAUUUGCGCAAUAAUACAACCGUGUUUAUAAACAUCUGAUCACCCCCAUUUGGACACAUUUAAGACCGCUGGAUAAACAGCAACCGAUUCCCUUCAUAUUUCUAUUAUAUAAAAAAAUGAAUAACUUAACGCGUUUGUUGGCUAAUUUUACCUUAAACGCUUCCCGGCAUCAGCUAAUAAACAAUGGCAGUAUUGUGACUGCUUGUAUUCAAGUUCGUGGAAAGUGCAAGGUGGUAGAAAAGCCGAAACCAGGUGCUGGUCAUCAAUUCCGACGUGUGGUGCACUACCCUGAAGAAUACACCAUAAAACCAUUGAAAAUCACACAUUUAGCAGGGCGUGAUCCAGAGUCCGGACGCUUGGUGGCUAAAGGCAUAGGUGGUGGAAUAAAACAGAAAUUCCAUUGGGUGAAAUGGGUACGGGAUGGGCCAAUGGAAGGACCACCACAAGAGGAGCUUGUGAUAGAAAUAAUCGAUGAUGGUUGUCGCACUGCAAAGGUGGCACUUGUUGGCGUAGGAGAUGAACUUAAAUACAUACUAGCAACAGAAAAUAUGAAAGUUGGUGACAUCAUAAGAACAUCCCGAUUUAUACCGCGUAUACCUGUACGCCCAAAUGAAGGAGAUGCCUACCCCCUUGGUGCUUUACCAGUUGGCACACGCAUACAUAACCUGGAGAAAAAUCCCGGCUAUCCAUUUCACUUGAUACAUGCCGCAGGUACUUUUGGCACCAUUUUACGGAAAUUUGAUGAUAAAGUCGUCGUUCAGUUACCAUCAAAACGAGAAUUUGCAUAUGAUCGUACGUGUAUGGCUACAGUUGGUCGUCUAUCCAAUGUUGAGCACAAUAAAGAACAUAUUGGAAGCGCACAACGAAUGCGUCAACUAGGUAAUCGUCCACGUUCCGGUUUGUGGAAACGAAAAGAAGGUAAACAUGGCCGAAAAAUACGCAAAUUACCGGCAAUGUCUCUCACAUCACCACCGCCCCAGCAAAAAGACGAAGUAAUUAAAUUAACUUUGAAUUUGUAAAUGUAUUGAAUAAUAGAGCAUUUUGGAGUUCUAUGAUUAUUAAAGUUUAAUGAACAAAUUUA